AUGCUCAGAAUUUUCAAGGUCCUUUCACAAUCGAGAUACACUUGCGAAGCCGAAUCUUUUGCUCAAUCGCACGCCAAUUCCUGCAAUGAAGAGGUUCUGCCAGCAAAUGAACGUCCCAGUUACAAGGAGAACGUCUACAGAUACGGGGGGACAGGAGGACUCCCAGAAGCCGCUGAAGAGGCUAUGAACAGCUGGUGGGGCCAACUGGCGAACUCCGGCAUGCCAUCAGAUAUGCAGUUCACACAGGCAGUUCGCAGUCGAACAAGCCAAGUGGUGACCAGAUGGACAAAGAUGGCCUGGUGGAACAACAACCAACUCGGCUGUGCCAUACGUCAGUGCGAUAAUUUCAAGCUCGUUGUGUGCAUGUACAGUCCCGGAGGCAAUGACGUCGGCAAACCCGUCUACAACAUCGGCACUCCGUGCUCGGCAUGCGCUGGGGAAUGCUUCGAAGAUCUUUGCACUUAA